UUCAACGUCCUGACCCGUGGUUCGGCACGAGACCGAGCGAAGAAACACAACUCGGCGCGCAAGCAGAUAUAUCCGAGUUCAUCAUAAGUUGUUUCGAAAAAACGACAGCCAACAGCUGAUUCUCUGAGUCGUCCAUCACUCUGUCAUGGAGUCCCGCACCUUGAUCCUGGUCGGCUCUGUGGUCCUCGCCUGGGCAUUUGCGUGCGUCCACGGCGCCUGUCCUAGCGGUCGCGGGAGACCCAGCGAUUGUCAGUAUUCCAGCUGCACGGACCGGGAGUGCGAGGCGCAAGGUCUCGAGUGCUGCCCCAAGUCCUGCGGAGGGACAGCGUGUGUUCAGGGUGUCAUUGACGGCAUCACCUUCGGCUCGCCCUGUCCCGAGUUCCUGCCUCCGGAGGGAGGCUGCCAGACCCGAAACAACGAGACAUGCGAGGAUUUGCACUGUACUUCGACAUUGCACAAGGUGUGCUGCCUGCAAGCCUGUGGAGAUCCCUUUUGCUUUCCGUUCGGGGAGGAUUAAAGUCAUCGUAGCAUCUGACUGGCGGCUCUUCCGGCGAAUAAAAACGCACGCGAUGCGUGUGCUUUCAAGCUUU